UAAAAUUCUAAAAGGAGGAAUCUCAUUUAGCCGGGCCAUUCCUAGACAUUAUCCUAUCCAGAAUCUGGUUGUCCCAUAACUGUGACAUAGCUUUUUUCUGGUUCAAAUUCUCUUUCCAAAUUCAUGGAUGAGAUUCAAAUCCUCCAAAAGAAUACUUCCCUAACUAUUUCCUACCUCAACUAUCAAAAUGUUUCAGAAAAGCAAAUACUUUUCAGUUUUCACAUUCCUUUCCAUCUCACUAAACAUCCCAGCUGGGUUUCACAGAUGAAGAAGAUUUGUACAUGCCCAGCUUCACAAUUUUCUUGCUUUGUUGCCCAUCUGGUUGGUUCAGUUUAUCCACCGUCUUCCUUAAGCAUCCUUUUGUUUCCAUGGUUCCGUUUUCUUUCACUUAACUUUCUCUAUAUUUUGGAAGGAAAAAUUGAUAGUUUUGGCAAAUGAAAAAUAGUGGGUUUCUUCCAUGUUGAUUUAUGUUUAGCAAUCAUGGUGGUGAUGGCAGAAUGAUUGGGACAACAGUCCUUAACCAAACCCAUCUUUUGUUACCCACAAAAGAUCCACCUCAAAACCCAGAAUUCAAUUUGAGCUUGAAAGAGCAAGAAUGUUUGUCAUUGUUGAAAAGAUGCAAGAGCAUAGAAGAAUUCAAGAGAGUUCAUGUCCAUUUCAUAAAGUUUGGUCUCUUUUGGGGUUCUUUUUGUGAAGGCAAUCUUGUAGCCACUUGUGCUCUCUCGGAUUGGGGUAGCUUGGACUAUGCCUGCUCAAUUUUCCAACAAAUCGACGAACCUGAUACUUUUCUAUACAACACCAUGAUCAGAGGACAUGUCAAGGGUAUGAACUGGGGUCAAGCUUUGCUUCUUUAUCAUGAAAUGCUUGAGAGAGGGGUCGAACCUGAUAACUUCACAUAUCCAGCUCUUCUGAAAGCAUGUUCUCUGUUAAGGUUUCUUGAGGAUGGAAAGCAAAUUCAUGGACAUAUUUUUAAGCUUGGGCUUCAAGAUGAUGUUUUUGUGCAGAACAGCUUGAUAAACAUGUAUGGAAAAUGCAAGGAAACAGAUCUUUCUUGUGCUGUUUUUGAGCAGAUGAAUCAAAAGACUAUUGCUUCUUGGAGUGCUAUUAUUGCAGCUCAUGCCAGUUUGGGCAUGUGGAGUGAGUGUUUGAUUCUGUUUGGAGAUAUGAGGAGCGAGGGAUUUUGGAGGCCUGAAGAGAGUAUAUUGGUUAGUGUUCUCUCGGCUUGUACCCAUUUGGGUGCACUUGAUUUGGGUAAGUGCACUCAUGCGUCUUUGUUGAGGAAUAUUAAUGGACUCAAUUUAAUAGUGAAGACUUCCUUAAUUGAUAUGUAUGUGAAAUGUGGGUGCUUGGAGAAAGGGUUGUGUCUCUUCCAAAAGAUGAACAAGAAGAACCAAUUGUCCUACUCUGUGAUUAUAUCUGGUCUGGCUAUGCAUGGACAUGGCAGAGAAGCAUUGGAGGUGUUCAAAGAAAUGCUCAAGGAAGGUUUGGCACCGGAUGAUGUUGUCUAUGUGGGUGUGUUGAGUGCUUGUGGUCAUGCCGGCCUUGUUGAUGAAGGUCUCCAGUUUUUCAAUAGGAUGCAAUAUAAACAUGGGAUUGAGCCCACAGUUCAACAUUAUGGUUGCCUGGUCGACCUCAUGGGUCGAGCAGGGAAGCUUGAUGAAGCCAAGGAGAUAAUUGACAGCAUGCCAAUCAGACCCAAUGAUGUAAUAUGGAGGAGCCUUCUUAGUGCCUGUAGAGUUCAUCAAAACAUGGAAAUAGGUGAGAUUGCUGCAAAAAACCUAUUCCAUUUGAACUCACAAAAUCCUAGUGACUAUUUGGUGCUAUCAAAUAUGUAUGCACGAGCACGAAAGUGGGACGAUUUUGCCAGGAUUCGCACAGAAUUGAUUUCCAAAGGCUUGAAUCAAACUCCUGGAUUUAGCUUGGUUGAGGUACAGAGAAAGGUGUACAAGUUUGUUUCACAGGAUAUGUCACACCCACAGUGUGAUGAGGUCUAUGAAAUGAUACACCAGAUGGAAUGGCAAUUGAGAUUUGAAGGCUAUGCCCCUGACACAUCACAAGUUUUGCUUGAUGUAGAUGAAGAAGAGAAGAGAGAGAGGUUGAAGCAUCAUAGCCAGAAGUUAGCAAUUGCUUUUGCACUUAUAAAUACUUCUCAGGGGUCUCCCAUAAGAAUAGCUAGAAACAUCAGAAUGUGCAGUGACUGUCAUACAUACACAAAAUUUAUUUCAACGAUCUACAAACGAGAAAUUAUUGUGAGAGAUCGAAAUCGGUUCCACCAUUUUAAAGAUGGAAUUUGCUCUUGUAGGGACUAUUGGUAAAUCAAUUACUUCUCUUUCACAGUAUUCUGAUUUAUGGGGAAAUUUCUUCCCUCUUUUCUCUAA